AUGUCGGACAACAUUUACCGCACAGUAGACGACGGUUACCUCGCACUCGACCAAGGUGGCUGGAUCGAGUCAAACGAGCUUACGACCACUCUUCCCACGAAUGCACUGACGAUGCCCUCGACAGCUGGCAACAUGUCCCAAGCUGAUCACCACGUAUCUGAAGGCCAUUGGCCGUUGUCAGACGAUCUUAUGACCUCUCUGGCUACGGAUGCACGCACUAUGCCCAUGGGACCUGACAUUCUCAAUGCCACCAUGGCAUACGGCUCUGGACAGAUCGGCUUACCUCGCAGCCAGCACUUUUCAGCUCUUCAACAUCACAAUCUCCCUCAGGUUGAUAUCCAGCAUGCGCAGCCAGCGGCGCCGACCACCCAGCGCGUUCCCAUCUCGCCGGUAUCGACUUCUGGUCCGAUGAGUAGGGUCGUCAACGUUCCAGAAAGGCCGAAGCCCGGUCGCCGCCCGAUUGAGGAGACACAAGAGACUGCCCAGGAUCGCAGACGUCACCAGAACCGCAAAGCCCAGCGCCUGUUCCGUGACAAGCGCCAGCAGAAGCUGCACGAGACGCAGCUGGAACUGGAGGAGCGCAAGCGCGAGUACCAGACCAAAGUGUGCGAGUGGGAGACGGAGAAGCAUGAGCUGGUGAAGGAGACGAACAAGCUCAAAAGCGAGCUGGAAGCCACGCGCAUCAAGCUCCGCCAGGCUGAAGCGAGGCUGCUCAACGGAGGCAAGCAGACCGACAUGCUGGUGCCGAGUCCCACGAGCAUGGGUUCCGGUUCUGUCGCCGGUGGAUCUUUCAGCGGCCCUGCCCAGCAGCGUAAUGACUCGACGACGACGGCCACCACGUCCACAACCGAUCUGGCGUCUAUGGGGUCCGUCGGAGGCGCUCACGAAGCUUACGGCUAUGAUGAGGAUGACACCUUUGAGUCCUUGGACCCGAGCAGUGGUGAGGGGGAGACCAACUGGUAUGACGGUGCGGAGCCACAUGGUGAUUACUACGUCGAUGAUAUGGCUUUCUACUCCAACGGUCUAUAG